AAACCUGCUUUCUAGAUGAGUAUCAUGUUUUUGCCCCAAUCCAUUUUUUUCCUAAAAAAAUUGACUCCUCCAUGCGGACACAAGACUUCAGUUAGCCCAGCACAUUACACGCGCUCCGCGUCAAGAGUCGCUUGUCUAACCUUUUUCUUUUUAUUCUUUUUGAAUUUCAUUUGGGGUUCUUUUCACUUUUUUGUUUAACCUUUAGACAAUUUCAGAUUAACUUUUUUUCCUUCAAUGGGUUGCUUUUAAUUUUGUUAAAAUUCGAAACUUUGUAUUUUGUUUUUCUCCAGAUUAAGAUUUGGACAUGGAUUUGAGUUUUAGCAGUUAUUAUUUUGCCCAAAUUAUAGGGUUUGUCCAAACCCUUCCAUGAUGUUUGAACUUCUUUGGUACAAUCCUAUCCCAAAUCAAUCAACUCAUUCUUCACUCAAUGGGUUGUCAGAACAAAAUCACACACGAAAUUAUACAUUUCAAGAUACGUAAUGAUUGGUUUCAUGAAGAAAUGAUUAAACACUUAAAACUAAUGAAUGAUUUCAUUCACCAAAAUUAGGGGAAAAAGCCUUUGACUGCUUUAGGUAUAAUCUUCAUCUGCAACAAGUUGAUGGAUACAUCUCAAAUCUCAAUUUCAGUGUUGAAAGUACAAGGGCUUUUACACGGUGGGAUUGUUAGAGAUGAUGAAGGUAUUCAUCACUGUUGCAUUGUUAGUUGGUUGCGAAUUUUGGCUUGAUUUUGGCGUCCACAAUAUGUUCGUCAUUUGUCCUCUUAGAAUAACUUUUAGUUCUGGUUAUCUUAGUUCUCCUUAUUUGAGUUACUUAUUUAGAUGAACUCUUUAAGAACACUGAAUUCUUUGAAACAUAAUUAAUUUUGCCUUUCUUUUUUAACAAAAAAUCAGCUGCUUCAAAGGAGGAAAUAGGGCUAAAAUCUUGAAAAUAAGACAUGGUUCUUGGAAGUAACAUAGAUUUUGUUUCAAUUAUAGUUAGAAUAAUAUAGUCAGUUUCACAUAUGCUCUAUUUCAAUCUGCGUACAGAAGGGUUUGGUCUGAACUCUGAGAUGCUAUUGCUGUGGAGCCAAAAGAUAGGGAGAUAAAAGCUUAUUGCCUGUGUGAAUGUCCAAGUCAGAAGGAGUCUACCAUAAGUACAGAACAAAAGUUGCCAAACGAAAUUAACGAAAUAAUAUAAACUAAUAGAAUGAAAAGACUUGAGAGGGAUAAAUUUAUGUAACUACACUGAUAGAAUGAAAAGACUUGAGAGGGAUAAAUUUAUGUAACUACACUGAAUCCAUUUUUCCACAUCUCCAGUUUGUAGUCUUAUAUGACAUUUGUCUUCUUGACACUAAAUGGGCCAACGUAUAUUACUAUAAUACAAAGACCUAAAACUCUGGAGUGAAAAAUUGGUGAAAGACUUGUAGUUUUUUUAUUUGAGGGUUGAAAGACUUAAUACUUAGUUUGAUCGUACAGGCUACUUCAAUUAACCUAUAUAUAACCGUCAUAUCAUGGCUGUUACUUGCAUGCAGAACAUUUGUUAAUGAUGAAGAGUUUCACUGUGCUUGCUCCCUUACUUUUGUGUGUUACUUUACUAUUUUCUUCUCUUAAUGAUGCUUCUGAUUCUGCAGCAGAAGCAUUGGCAAUUCUCAAAUGGAAAGCCAGCCUUCAAAGCCAAAACCAUUCUGUUUUGCUUUCCUGGAAUACGUCCAACAAUCCAAAUACCAAAACAAGUCCUUGUGCUUGGUUUGGAAUCCAUUGCAACCAUGCUGACAGUGUUACUAAGAUUAACCUCACUGGCUAUGGUGUAAAAGGUACGCUCCAUUCAUUUCCAUUCUCAUCUUUGCCUAAUCUUGCAGAGUUGGACCUUAGCAUCAAUGAACUUUAUGGCAUAAUCCCACAUAAUAUCAGGCAGCUCUCCAAACUAACCUACCUUGAUUUAUCCUAUAACCAGUUCUCUGGGCAAAUCCCACCUGAAAUUAGCCGCCUUGUACAUCUUCAGACCCUUCACCUUGCUGGAAAUCAGUUGAACGGCUCAAUUCCUCAAGGACUUGGUCAGCUCAAAUUUCUCACUGACCUUGCCUUGUGUAGCAACAAGCUAAAUGGUUCCAUUCCUGCUUCUCUCGGUAAACUAAGUCGACUUCUUUCCUUAGUUCUCUUUGAUAAUUCCCUUUCCGGACCCAUUCCUCCAGAAUUGGGAAACCUUAGGAAUUUGGUUGAAGUUUACCUGGACACCAACCGUCUAACUGGUCCAAUCCCUUCCACGUUUGGAAACUUGAGAAAACUGAGCGUGCUUCACAUGUUUAACAAUAGUCUUUCAGGUUCCAUCCCCUCUGAGUUAGGGAAUAUGGAAUCUCUUUCUGAAAUAAGCCUUUAUCACAACAAUCUAUCUGGCUUGAUCCCAACCUCAUUUGGUGACUUGAGACAUCUUACACUUGCCCACCUUUAUGAAAAUCAACUCUCUGGUCCCAUUCCUGAGGAGUUAGGAAACUUGAAUUCUCUUGUUGACCUAGAGUUGAGUGAAAACCAACUCAAUGGCUCUAUUCCUGCUUCACUUGGCAGUUUGAGCAACUUGGAAAUUCUGCAUGUCCGAGACAACCGACUCUCAGGUUCCAUUCCUAAUGAAAUCGGAAACUUGAUGAAGUUGAUUGUGUUAGAACUAGACCACAACAAUCUGACAGGAAAUUUGCCACAAGGCAUUUGCCGUGGUGGAUCACUUGAAUACUUCACAGCAAAUGACAACCAGCUUACCGGGCCAAUCCCUCAAGGGUUGAAAAAUUGCACUACCUUGAAGAGAGUCUACCUUGAAAGAAACCGACUCAGAGGAAAUAUAUCUGAAGAUUUAGGCGUUUACCCAAACCUAACAUUCAUUGAAUUAAGUGACAAUGAACUUUUUGGUGAAGUGUCUUCCAAUUGGGGAUUGUGCAGAAGCUUACAGAGCCUAUCUAUUGCAAGGAACAAUCUCAGUGGUACAAUACCAGCUGAGAUUGGAAACUCACGUCAGAUACACAGGCUUGAUCUUUCUUCAAAUCAUUUAGUUGGGGAGAUUCCAAAGAAAAUUUCAAAGUUGACAUCUUUGCUUUAUCUUUAUUUGAAUGGGAAUAAACUUUCUGGGAGUCUACCCCUGGAACUAGGACUUAUGUCCAAGCUUUUGUAUCUAGACUUGUCUGCAAACCAAUUGAGCAACUUCAUCCCUGAAACUAUAGGGAAUCUGUCCAUGUCAUUCUACUUGAAUUUCAGCGUGAAUCGGUUUAGCCAAAGAAUUCCAAUUCAAGUAGGCAAGUUAACUAGUCUGGUUCAGCUAGAUUUGAGUCACAACAUGCUUUCAGGGGAGAUUCCAGGGGAACUUCAAAGUUUGCGGAGCUUGGAGACACUAAACCUUUCUCACAACAAUCUCUCUGGUGAAAUCCCAUCCUCUUUGGAGAAGCUCCGAGGCCUGUACACUGUUGACAUUUCAUAUAAUGAACUCCAGGGUCCCAUUCCCAACUGCCAAGCAUUUCUAAAUGCUUCAGUACAAGAAUUGGAAGGGAACAAAGGAUUAUGUGGCAAUGCUAGUGGAUUACCGCCUUGCACACCUUUUUCAAAAAAGGGUCACAACAACAACAAAACCCUUUUAGUAGUUAUAUUCUCUCUUUUAUCAGUGUCUGGUCUCUCGAUUUCAUCAAUUGCUUUGUUUUUUGCCUUCAAGAAGAGGAAGAAAGAUGCAGAUGAAGGAAGACAAAGCAAUGCAAGUGAUGAGAUAUUUUUCUCAAUAUCUUUCUUUAAUGGAAGAAAAUUGUAUGAAGAGAUCAUUAGAGCUACCAAAGAUUUUGAUGCUCAAUAUUGCAUUGGGAAGGGAGGAUAUGGAAACGUAUACAAAGCAGAGCUGUCAUCAGGAGAUGUUGUAGCUGUGAAGAAAUUCCAUCUGUUGCAUACCAGUGAAAUGGCAGAUCAAAGACAGUUCCUAAAUGAGGUUAGGGCACUGGUAGAAACAAGACACAGAAAUAUUGUGAAGUUCUACGGUUUUUGUUCCUCUGCAGGUCAUUCCUUUUUAGUAUACAAGUACCUUGAAAGGGGUAGCUUGGCUUCUGUUCUCAGGAAGAAUGAAGAAUCUAAGAAAUUGGACUGGAACAAGAGGGUGAAUAUUGUCAAAGGUGUUGUUAAUGCCCUCUCCUAUUUGCACCACGACUGUUCACCACCCAUUGUUCAUCGAGAUAUAACAAGCAACAACAUUUUGCUUGAUUUGGAGUAUGAAGCUCACCUUUCAGACUUUGGCACUGCUAAGCUUCUCAAUCCAGACUCAUCCAAUUGGAGUAAUAUUGCUGGAACAUAUGGAUACAUUGCACCAGAGCUUUCCUACACCAUGCAAGUUACUGAAAAAUGUGAUGUGUAUAGUUUUGGUGUUCUGGCAUUGGAAUUGAUAUCCGGGGCAUAUCCAGGUGAAUUUCUCUCUAAUCUAUCGAUUUUAACAGCAGAAAGCACUCCACUAAACAAUGUGUUGGAUCAAAGGCUUUCGCCUCCACUGCCAGAAGUUGUGAACAAACUCGUAUUCAUCCUGAAGCUGUCUGUUUCAUGUUUAGAUAACAAUCCAAAAUCUAGGCCAACCAUGCACACUGUUUCUCAGCUGGUGUUCGACCACAUCUAGUCCCAUGUAGGACCCUUUGAUCUUCAUCUAAGAUACCACCUUGGAAAUGUUUGGUAUUGCUCUAAUGUUGUUUCUUUAGCUUUUUUGUAAUAAUCAUGGGUGAGUGAAUUAACAUUUUUAUACCCUUAAUUACCUUUUCCAUGAAAAUUGCUACUAGCUUGUCGGUAGUGCAACAAGAGUUGUUUCGGAUAUUUGUCUGUAACAGUUUAUCAUAAAUUGUAUUCUAGUCUUAUCUUUUCAAAGGUUUCACCCUCUAAUAUUAACUGGGUCGUUCAAAGA